UUCCGGGUCAGCGUUUCCAUUGCGCUCAAUAUCCUUGGGCUUGAGAGUGUGAGUGAUGGUCACUACGUGGCAGCCUACUCCUACUUCAAACUGGCAGCAGAUCGGGGCUACAGCAAAGCCCAGUUCAACGUGGCCCUGUGUUAUGAGCAUGGCAGAGGCACAGAGAAAGACCUGGCAAAGGCAGCUCUUUAUUACCAUCGUGCAGCCAGCAAUGAGCACCCCAUGGCCCAGUAUCGCUAUGCCAAGUUCCUCUUACGCCAUGGGCUCCAAACUAAAGGAGCUGAUGUGCAGAAGGCUGUGGCUCUGCUGGAGAAGGCAGCAGGAACAGGACUAGUGGAGGCGCAGGCCUACUUGGGGGUGCUCUACAUGAAGGAACCACAGGCUGUGACACAAAAGGCUCUGAAAUACCUGUGGCUGGCAGCCAAGAAUGGAGAUUCCCAAAGCAGGUACCAUGUUGGUGUUUGCUAUGAGAAGGGCCUUGGAGUACAACGGAACUUCGCAGAAGCCAUGGAGCAUUACCAGCAUUCGGCUGCUGCAGGAAACAGACAUGCUCAGGAGAGGGUGCGAUUUGUUGAUCAAGAGAUGGCAGCCACAAAGAGCUGCCGUCCAGCACCUUCCAGAAUGAGAGCGUUCUCCUCCAGCCCCUGCCUCUGGGCCCUGGAAGGGCAGCACCAGGCCUCGCCAGUGGAACGUCGUACUUUAGCCUUGCCCCACUCCUGGAGCACAGGCAGUCUGGGUGGGGCUGACAUCCGUGGCCUGAGAUGGAGUCCAGCCCCAGAACAUACAGCAAGUCUAUUGGAUUCCUCCCACCUGGAGCCAUGGCCAGGGCUCUGUUCUCAGGGACUGUGGUGCAGGAGAUGA